CUGACCGGUUCUGUCUGUAAGAUCAGCCAUCUGUACCCAUUAGACAGCGGUGUUUACUGGUGUGAGUUCGGCGGGGGGGCGGCCGGUCCCAGCACCCCCCUCACUGUCUCUGCUUGGACUCCUCCUGACUGGUUGUUGGCCGUUUGUGUGAGUUCUGCUGUUUUUCUGCUGGUCCUGGUUCUGGUUCUGCUCUGGAGAAGACGUGUCCAAAGGAAACCUGAAGCUGACGAAGAUGACGAUGAAGAUUUAAUCACGUUUAGUGUCGUCAGAUUUCAGCUCACCACCAACAAACUAUCACGCAGAGCACAGAGGCUCCAGCUGAGCCAGAUGUGCUCUACUCUUCCCUGA